AUGGCGCAGUCGACGGCGCACAGACGCCUCCUCCAGGAAUACCGCGGCCUGACCAACAACCCCCCGGAAGGCAUCACGGCCGGCCCCGUCUCCGAGGACGACCUGCUGCACUGGGAGUGCCUCAUCCAAGGCCCUGAGGGUACUCCCUUCGAGGGCGGCGUCUUCCCCGCGGAGCUCCGCUUCCCAAAGGACUACCCUCUCGCGCCGCCGUCGAUGAAGUUUCUCGCCGAUGUGUGGCACCCAAACGGUAAACCGUCCUUGCCUCGCUCCCUCUCCCCCUCGCCUCUUCUAGUCUACCCCAGCGGUCUCGUCUGCAUCUCCAUCCUCCACCCUCCUGGCGAUGACCCCAACCACUACGAGCACGCGUCCGAACGCUGGUCGCCGAUCCAGUCCGUUGAGAAGAUACUCAUCUCCGUCAUGAGCAUGCUCGCCGAGCCGAACGACGAGAGCCCCGCCAACGUCGAGGCUGCCAAGAUGUGGCGCGAGCGGAGAGCCGAGUAUGAAAGCAGAGUCCGCGACGGCGUUCGACGCCUGCUCGGAUUGUAG